CGCCAUGUCCUCGCCGCCGUCGGGCCCGCCCGACCCAUUCCUGCACUCUGCCAGCGGUGCCGCAUCGCCAGCGCACAGCGACGCCGACGGCGCCGCGCCGUCCGCGUCCGACAAGCCCGUGCCGGCGCUGCCGCCCUCGGGGCCCGCGUCGCCGCGAGAUGACACGGCCGAGGACGCCGCCGUGCAGUGGGGCGGCAGUGCGUACGAGGUGCCGCCGUCGCUGCGGCCUGAAGCUGCGGCGGUGCGCAGCGAUGAUGAGGGCUUUGAGCAGAUUGCGUCGGAGCCGCCGGCGUGGAGUAGCGGCACCGCCGACGACGACGCAGAGGCGCCCCCUGCCCUGGCCGGCUCGUCGGCGUCGCUGCCGCCGGACCAGCGGCGCAAGUCGGCACGGCCGUCGCUGCCGGCCGGUGCACACGGCCACAUCCGCAUCGUCGACGCGCUCAAGUCGUCGGACGGCGGGCCGUCGACGUUUAUCGUGUACCACAUCUCGCUGCCCGCGCUCGGCCUCUCGUCGAAGCGGCGCUACUCGGAGUUUGAGGCGCUGCGCACGGCGCUCAUUGCGCUGCACCCCACGCGCCUCGUGCCGCCGCUGCCGCCGAAGCACUCCAUCGGCGACUAUGCGGCGAAGCAGGCGCGCGCCAAGGAGGACGCCGCGAUCAUUGCGCGGCGCCGGCGGCUGCUCGGUAGCUUCCUGGAGCGCUGUGCGACGGACCCGGUGCUGGGCAAGGAGGACCUGCUGCGGCGCUUCUGCGACGGCCGCGAGAGCUGGCACGACAUCAGCACCUCGCCGCCGCUCUCGGACCUGCCGAAGUCGUCGCUACGCGCGCCCGUCCGCUCGCCCGCCGACCCGCAGGCGAGCCGCGCGUACGCUGCGCUGCCGCUCCCGGGCGCCGCGACGCCGCUGCGUGUGCCGAAUGCGCGCUUUGCCGACUCGGAGGCGUUCACGAACCGGUGGACGGCGCAUGUGGCGGGGCCGCUGGAGAAAGGCAACCGCCGGAUCAUCAAGCGCUGGGGUGACUCGUCGGCGGACUAUGCCGAGCUCGGCGCGGUGCUCAACGGCUUUAGCCUGAGCGAGAAUGGCGAGCUGGCGGCGGCCAUCGAGCGGACGGGGCAGGCGGCGGAUGGCACAUUCAUGUCGAUCGGCGAGAUGCUGUCCGAGUGGGAGGCGACGUUCACCGAGCCGCUGUCCGAGUACGCGGCGUACGGCAGCAUCGUGCAGAAGCUGCUGCGCUGGCGGCAUCUCAAGCAUCUCCAGUUUGAGCUCGCCGAGGACGCCGUCGAGGCGAAGCGGCUGCAGCUCGAGGAGCUCGAGCGCAUCGAGUCCGAGGCACAGCGGCUGCAGGCGGCGCUCAACGCCGGCGGGCGCGGCCUGAUUCCGGACCGCGGCGCGCGCACGGGCGUGCUUGACGGCGUCAACAAGGGCGCGGCGCGCUCGAGCGUGUUUGGCACGGCCGCCGAGGACGAGCCGGCGCAGUCGUCGCUCGAUGCCGCGCCCGCCGCCGCACCGGACUGGACGGACCCGUCCGCCCCGCGCUCGGCGCGCGUGCCCGCAUCGAGUGCGCCUAAUCGGCGCUCCGGCGGCGGCCUGCUCGGUGCGCUCAGCCACACGUUCCACGCCGUCAUGGACGUCGACCCGGACGCGACGCGGCGCAACAACAUUGGCAAGCUGCGCGAGUCGAUCUCGCAGCUCGACGAGGCCCUCACGCUCACCGCCGACGACCUGCGCUUCGCCACGUCGGCGAUCCAGGCCGCGCUCGACGGCUUCCAGAAGAACAAGGUGGCCGACUUUCGCGCGAUGUUCCUCGGCUACGCCCGGCUGCACCGCGAGUUCUGCCGCGUCAACCUCGCGAACUGGCAGGAGGCCCGCCGCCAGCUGGACCUCGUGCAGGCCGAGACGGCGAUGCCCGAGUCGAGCCUGGUGCGCCACCAGCGCAUGGAGGGCUCGGCGCCGCGCUGAGUGUCCGUGACGACUGUAAUGAACCCGUGUGCCUGC